AUGGUGGCCAUAUUGUCUCUGACGCAUGGUGCCUACAUCAGCCGAAUGGCGAACGUAAACAGACCCCGGUCACCGGCGGUGUUCCGGCCCGGCGUGAUGCUGCACCGACCUUGGAGCUACCAGCGGAUAAUGCCAGCCGCCUCCUACAGGGCGCCCUACGUGCUGUAUAGGGGACCGAUGCCACACAGAUACGCAAUGAAGCCGCACAAUCCAAACUUCCGCAACGUGCUGAUGGGCGGGCCGUGGAGGACCGGCCGCCCGCCCUCGCCGUCGACCACCGAGUUCAGGGCUGCCCCUGCCCCCGUUCUGCAAUCCCACGGUGGUGCGAUACACACUAUCCCAGCGCCCAACCUAAGCCUCUCCGAGAAACCCAUUGUAGUCGCCGAGACGUCUGAAAGCAGCCUUAACGCUGAAUCGGCCUCGGAAGCGACGAAGGCGACAUACGAAGUAACUGAAAAGUAUAAUGAACCUUCUGGGUACCAAGCGCCAGUAAAAAUAGAACCGCCCACAGGAUUUUCAAAGCAAUCGUCCUUAACAACACCGGAAUUGCAACAAUUCGUUCGCAACGGCGCAGGGUUCCACCAGCCACCGCAGUACGGAGCCUCACCUCUACCACAGGAUGCGAUAAGACCACAACAAUUCUCAAUGCAGGGCUUCACCGAACUAACCGGCCAUCAAGACCUACUGCAAACCGCUGCCGAGGGUAUCAUAAUCCCGCCGAGCGCGCUCUACCAGAACGAUCCAAACUUCCUGCAAAGGCUGCAGAGUCAACUGCUCCAACAGUACCCGUCGGUGGAGUUUAUACCUUACGCGACGGACGCACAGCCGCAAAUCCAGCAAACUUCUCCCGAGCCCGAGCUGUUCCUACUCCAGGACGAGGUGAUGACGCGGCAAGCGCCGGCGUCUUUCAAGCCGAGCGAAUUCCACAGGAACAUCGUGCAGAGGGAGACGCAAGAGGGCUCUGUUCUCUCUCUAGUGCCGCACGCGUUCGCACCCGCCAACGUCACCGAGGGCACAGUCGGUGACACAGCUCCAGCCGUGCAGAACGCUUCGGAUUCUAUCGUGUCGGGCGCAGAGCCUGCGACGACGACCGUACAGCACGAGGUAGACGCGACGACUGAGGGGCAAAAGACAACGAUCUUCUACGCGCAAGUGGGCCAGAGCGUCGGGGAUGCGGUCGCCAAGGGUUUCUAUACGGCCAUAAACGACGUCAGGGUGGCUGCGGCUUUGGCUCCAGAGACGAGCGAAGGCGGAUCUGAUAAUUCGAGCACAACGGAACAAUCCGAAACCAAAGUCACCGAAAGCGCGGAAUCGACGAGAGUAAGCAAAAACGAGACAAACAGCCACACAAACAAACAAGAGGAUAAAGAAGCAAACAACGAAGUCGGAACCGCGUCGAGCGCUAGGCUAGAAUCGCGUGGAGACGCGCCCAGCGUCGCUUACACGCUGCUAAGAUCGCCCGAAGAACAGUCCCAGAACGGAGACGGUAACUACGCCGGCCAAUUUGUACAGGCCAUGGUGAGCGAAGACCGAGAGUUCAAUAAAGAGAAUCCAAGCACGCCGUCGCGGCGCCCCCCUCUGAGGCUAUACGCAGUACCCGAGAAAUUGGACAAAGCGCCUAAACAGGGGGCGGUGAAGGCGAAAAUACCGCCCAAGAGCAAGCUUACGUUCGACAACAAAACCGGUGAACCGGUACUGAGAAUAUACGCGAGCUACUCCGAGAACCCUUUACAGAAGGAAGUGUUACUCUCAAAACUGUCCAGCAUCAAGCAUUUCAAAGAAGGGGUGGUGAGAAAACAGGACGUUGACAAUUGGAAGGCAGCUACUUCGAAAACCAUCGACAAGAAUGUGCCGAAGGACGCAAACCAAAUGACGCAAUUCGGUCUUAAGCUUCGUUCUAGGAGUGACGAUUAUAUACCUUUAUUCGAGGAGUACGAAGAG